AUGCUCACCGGCCCCGUGCUCACCGGCCUCGUGCUCACCGGCUCCGUGCUCACCGGCCCCGUGCUCACCGGCCUCGUGCUCACCGGCCCUGUGCUUACCGGCCCCGUGCUCACCGGCCCCGUGCUCACCGGCCCCGUGCUUACCGGCCCCGUGCUCACUGGCCCCGUGCUUACCGGCCCCGUGCUCACUGGCCUCGUGCUUACGGCCCCAUGCUCACCGGCCCCGUGCUCACCGGCCUCGUGCUCACCGGCCCCGUGCUUACCGGCCCCGUGCUCACCGGCCUCGUGCUCACCGGCCCUGUGCUUACCGGCCCCGUGCUCACCGGCCCCGUGCUCACCGGCCCCGUGCUUACCGGCCCCGUGCUCACUGGCCCCGUGCUUACCGGCCCCGUGCUCACUGGCCUCGUGCUUACGGCCCCAUGCUCACCGGCCCCGUGCUCACCGGCCUCGUGCUCACCGGCCCCGUGCUUACCGGCCCCGUGCUCACCGGCCCCGUGCUCACCGGCCCUGUGCUUACCGGCCCCAUGCUCACCGGCCCCGUGCUCACCGGCCCCGUGCUUACCGGCCCCGUGCUCACUGGCCCUGUGCUUACCGGCCCCGUGCUCACUGGCCUCGUGCUUACGGCCCCAUGCUCACCGGCCCCGUGCUCACCGGCCCCGUGCUCACCGGCCCCGUGCUCACCGGCCUCGUGCUCACCGGCCCCGUGCUCACCGGCCCCGUGCUCACCGGCCCCGUGCUUACUGGCCUCGUGCCUCGGACACUUGCUUCGUGUCUCCGGGCAUCUAUUUUUUCAGGCUUAAAACGGGACUAA